UCAGCCGCGCUAGGUCCCGGCAGACGCCAGCCGCUAGCCUCCAGACGCUGACGGUCCUGCCACGCUCGCCGCCGCCGCCGACGCCGCGGGCACGACAGAGUAGGAUCUCAAGCAUCUGGAAUAGUGCCACGUACCUAUUCAUCCAUGAGCUCAGAUUUCCCACAUUACAACUUCAGGAUGCCUAAUAUUGGAUUCCAGAAUCUACCACUCAACAUAUAUAUUGUGGUUUUUGGCACUGCUAUAUUUGUCUUCAUCCUUAGUUUACUCUUCUGUUGCUACUUGAUUAGGCUAAGACAUCAAGCACACAAAGAAUUUUAUGCCUACAAACAGGUUAUAUUAAAAGAGAAAGUAAAAGAACUGAAUUUACAUGAGCUCUGUGCAGUGUGUCUAGAAGACUUCAAGCCUCGAGAUGAGUUGGGGAUAUGUCCAUGUAAGCAUGCCUUCCACAGAAAGUGCCUUAUUAAGUGGCUGGAGGUUCGCAAAGUAUGUCCACUGUGCAACAUGCCAGUUCUUCAGCUGGCCCAGUUGCACAGUAAGGAGGACCGUGGACCCCCACAGGGGCCCCUCCCUGGGGCAGAGAACAUUGUAUAGCUCACCACUUGAAUCAAACUGUUGCAGGAUCCAACAUCCGCAUGGAGCCAGGAGGAACACAAGCGGUCUCUGUGUUGGCUGCUCUGCCUGGGGCAUCAGCUGCCACUUCCUUUUUCUCAUAAAGAACUCUUGGGCUAGCUAAUCUGGGGACCCAGACUUGUGGGUCUGGGACAACCAAAGUACUCUGACACUACCCCAUGCCAAGAGAAGAGGAGUGGAUGAGCCUGCUGGUUUGGCUCUAGAAACUUCAUGAGGGUCUCUUGCUAACUCCAUACACUCUGUCUCCCAGACAUUGAUCUCCAUGUCAAGGUGAAUCUUUAUCAACCAGAAGGGAAGAUAAUCACAAGUGUUAGAGAAGGAAACUGAGGGAAAGUCUUUAAAGCCACCCCCACCCUGUGGACAGAUGAGCUUCUAUGCAGACCGUGCAUGCCUUUGCAGCAGCAGACUCUCCCGGCAGCCCCUGAGCCAAGGGAAAACAGCGGUUACCUCAGCCCAAGAACAACUGGGUGCAGUGCCAACAAGGCUUUUCACGUUAUGUUCCUUUGAUAAGGCCAUCUUGGAACCCAAGGGCUUUGGUUACAACAGAACAGCAGUACCCCUCGCCGCCAGUUCUCCCUCGAGGUCACAACACUUGCUUAUCAGAUCGUCUAAGCUAAAAACAUUAGAUGUGCUUGGAAAGGUCUGGUCA